AUGCGUUCGACUAUUUUCAAGAAGAUUGUUGUUCCUAGUAAUAUAGUGAGUCCACCACAGCAAGCAACUACUCUCUCUCCGGAAAUUACUACGAUUGCAUAUUUUUCAGUGCCAUUGAUCAUUGUUGGUGCUGUGUCAUUUCUGUUGUGCCUAUUGUUCGUGAUUGUACUGUCAAUAAUCUGCAGGAAAAUAUAUUGCAAUAGAAAAUCAGAGCAGAAAAAGAAUUCUUCAACAGUAGACGAUUUGGCAAAAUUAGCUGGUUUUCCGCAACCAAUGACUUCCCACAACGCUCCAAGAAAAUGGAAUCAAUCUUCGCCAACGCUAGAAUGUUCACCGAAGCAAGACACAGUCGUGUAUUCAAGAAACAAUGAAAACAGAUCUACAAUCAGUACAAUCAGUGGUUCUUUGCAUAGUUUUGAAGACAUCAUAUUGUUAAAGCCAAAUACAUUAUCCAGGAAUGACAGCAGUUAUGCAUAAGAUUUUUAAAAAAUAUAUUCAUAUACAUGUAUUUGAUAACAGCUGUUGAACGUUUACUUUCCCUUUAAAAAUGUAUGUUGCAUAGUGUAUGGUGUAAGGUGUAUGACGAA